CCAGAACGGGGCCUCUGAACGUAAAAGUUAAGCUGUGUCGAAACACAGAUACCACAUGUUAUCCUGGCUCACUCCGGACCUGGAGCUCAAAUCAAACUUCUGGAUUUGGAUACAGGGAGAGCGAGGACAUGUCCAACACAAUCCUAAUAUUUCUAACAGUGCUCUGCUUCCUGGUGCUUAAACCCACUUGCUGCAGCGGCAGCAGGAUUCUGGUAGUGCCUGUUGAUGGCAGCCACUGGAUCAACAUGGAGGUGAUCCUCCGAGAGCUGCACUCCAGAGGCCACGAUAUCACUGUGCUGCGCUCUACCAGGAGCUGGUACAUUCCUAGUAACUCUUCCAUUUAUACUUCUAUUAACGUGACAAUGCUGGAAGAUGAGUCGGACAAGAACUACUACAACAGAAUGCUACAAGAUGUUAUGGAGGCCCGCAGGUCACUGACCUUUAUGCGCACCUUCUACCAGCAGCGCUUGAUAACAUCCAUGUUGGCAAGAGGUCAUGAGAUCCUUGCUAACGUAACGGCUACAAUGUUGGAUGACCCUGUUUUUAUGAAAAAGAUGCAAGAUGCCAAGUUUGACUUAAUGCUAACGGACCCUGCAUUGACCAUAGGAGUAAUUCUGGGUAGUUACCUCAAGCUGCCGAUGGUUUUCAACGUGCGCUGGAUCAAUGUCGGGGAGGGCCAUCUCACCAUAGCUCCUUCUCCUGUCUCCUAUGUCCCCGUGUCAGGAAGUGAACUUCAUGAUCAGAUGGAUUUCCUGGAAAGGACCAAGAACAUGUUACAUCAUCUCUACAGUGUUGUUGAACAGCACUUUAUCAUCAACCCUCCCUACUCAGAUCUGUUCCGGCGGCACUUCCCUCCUGGGACUGACUUGCUGUCUUUGCAGUUUGCAGCUGACAUCUGGCUGUUGAGGACAGAUUUUGUCUUUGAGUUCCCUCGACCCACGAUGCCCAAUGUGGUCCACAUAGGGGGGUUCCAGUGCAAAAAGGCCAGACCCCUCCCUGCUGAGUUGGAGGCCUUCAUGCAGAGCUCUGGGGAGCAUGGGGUGGUGAUCAUGUCUCUGGGGACGUUUGUGUCAGCCCUGCCUCGUGAUACCACCGAGGCCAUUGCUGCUGCUUUUGCUGACCUCCCUCAGAAGGUGGUGUGGCGGUUUGUGGGUGAAAAGCCUUCAUCUCUGGGGAACAACACCCUGCUGGUGAACUGGCUGCCUCAGAGCGAUAUCCUGGGACACCCAAAGACUCGUGUCUUUGUUGCUCAUGGAGGCACCAACGGCAUGUAUGAGGCCAUCUACCAUGGUGUUCCCGUUCUGGGCCUGCCGCUCCUCUUUGACCAGUUUGACAACCUACUGCGGCUGAAAGUGCGCGGGGCAGCUCGGGUGCUGGAGGCCAACUCACUCACCAAAGAAGACUUCCUUGAGGCUCUAAAGGACAUCCUGGAGACUCCCUCGUACCGAAACAACAUUCAGCGUCUCUCCCAGCUACACCGUGACCAGCCAAUGUCUCCUAUGGACACAGCCAUCUUUUGGAUUGAGUAUGUCAUUAGAAACAAAGGAGCUGCCCAUCUGAAGUCAGCAGGUUUCAGUCUGCCUUGGUACUCCUACUUCAGCCUGGACGUGGCUGUUUUCCUCAUGGCCCUCAUUGGAGCCCUUGUCUGGGCUUCAGUCUCAGUCUGUAGGUUUCUUUGCUGUAAGAGGUUCAGUAGAAAGAUAAAAGCAGAGUGAUCGAUUAAACUUCUGUUAAACAGCUGCUAACACUUAUUUAAAGUUUAAACACAUUUAAACACAUUUCUGUCUCAUAUUUUGCUCUUUCUUUG